UCUCUCUCUCUCUCCCACCUCGUGGCAGCCGCUCCGACGAGCGAGCCGAUCGAUCGACCCUGCCGCCGCCAUGGGCAACUGCCUCAACCCGGCGUCCAAGGAGCACUGCCGCCGGCACGGCGCCGCCAUGCCUCCUGCGCCGGAGCGGGAUACAGCUGAGGAGGAGUGGUGGUGCUACAACACAACGCCCGAGGCCGAAACCACCACCACGAUCGGCCGCGUGCUGAGGGAAGCAGAGGAGGAGGAGGAAGAAGAGGCAGCAGAGGAGACGGCGGCUGCGGGGGUGAAGGUGAAGGUGGUGCUGAAGCGCGCGGAGCUGGAGUGGCUCAUGGCGCAGCUCAAGACCGGCGACCGCCGCCUCGAGGACGUGCUCCACCAGAUGGGCACCGCCCGCGCCCUCUGCGCCGCCGCCGCCGCCGCCGCGCCGCCACCUCCUCCUCCCCGUGCCGCCGGCGACGCGUGGCGCCCCCGCCUCGAGUGCAUACUCGAGUGCCACGAGCCCGCCGCCACCUGACCCCUCUCCUCCUCCUCCUCCUCCCCACACCACCAUCGUUAAAGCUAGGAGAUCGAGAGCCUUUUAUCCUCCGUCCUUGCGCUUCUUGCUCGCCGCCGAUCUGGAUCACCGUCACACAACAUGCUCAGCUCCUGCUCGUCGUCUUCUUCCAUGAAGGCAAAUGAAGGAAGGCAGAUUAACAAGGAUCUCACAGCUCUUUAAUUAAUUAGUUGGGUUGUAGGAUCAUAUCAUAAUCAUAUCAUAUCAACACUUAAUACUACUUCUACUCUAUAGAGCUAUCUACCAGAUCUUUCAUCUUUCAGUGUGUUUGCUUCUCAGAUUAGCUUUCCUUUUUUUUUCUCUUAUUCCCCUAUUCUUUUCUUUUUUUUUUUCUCUUGCUGCUUUGGUACUCUGCCAGCAUGUGGUGUGCUCCACUUGUGUUUUCUGCUUCUGUAAAUAGUUGUGACAUGGCAACAAAAUUACAAGACCAAAUGAAAGCAGCUGUAAAACUUAAUCAAGCUUCUUCUUUUUUGGAUCUGGUUGUUUGUGGCUUGAUCAGUUAUCAGUCUGUGCUUAAUUGAGAUCAACACUUCAUUUCCAGCAGGUUGUUGAUUUUUGGAGGUGCAGUACAGGUGUGCCGUUAAUUGUGGUCUAAAAUUGGUGUCAUCCUACUACUGUUGCCUUUUGGUGCAGUACAUGUUUCUAUGCCCCCAGAGAUCUGUAGUUGUUCGGAAUGCUGGAUUUUCGUUGUCUCUCUGUCCCCGCACACUAACGAAUGAUUCA